AUGGCUCGUUUUGCAAACGAGGGUACUCCUGCUCACCCAAACAUCCGUCGGAUGGAUUCAUCUUCCUUGGAGGUCAUCCUAGAUUUUACCAAGAAUAGCCCAUUUACUCUCCGCCAAGUUGAGGAUAAUGGAGAUUGGCGAUACGAUAUUACCUUCCUUGACAUCCUAAAGCCCCAUAAUACUGAGGAGAUCGACAACGUUAGACUCAUCGUCAAAUUUCUACAAUCCCACGUCGAAAAAAACAGCAAGGAUGUUCUCAACGAUCAAGCCCAGAUUCUUCGGCACACAAUCAAAGAGCUCAACAAGUUCGAUCAUUUGGGAGCCUUUGAGGGAAUGUUUGAGAUGCCGGGAAAGAUGCUGGCUUGGAAUCAACUUAGAAACGCAGCAUACUUAUACCAGAUCAAUCCAGAAGUUGCUUGGUCGUUUGAGUACAAGGUC